ACGUCACUUUUUACCCCCACCGCAAACAAGCUUCAUCGAACAGACUAAUAUACAGCAGCUGAACGGAAGAAUUGAAAUCGACUAGGAGGAUGUACGUGGACCCUCGCUGGUUACUGCUCCUGUCUGUCUCUCUGGAGGUGUGGGCGGUGCCUAUCGACCGCAAGGUCUCCCCGGACACCCAGCAGCCUCCAGAGGACAAUGUGGACACAGGCCUGUACUAUGACAGGUACCUGAGGGAGGUGAUCGAGGUGCUGGAGACAGACCCUCACUUCAGAGAGAAACUACAGACAGCCAACACAGAAGACAUCAAGAAUGGGCGUCUGAGUAAGGAGCUGGACCUGGUGGGUCACCAUGUACGAACUCGUCUGGACGAGCUGAAGAGGCAGGAGGUGUCUCGACUCCGGAUGCUCCUCAAGGCCAAGCUGGAUAGUGCCAACACUCAGAGCCUGCAGAUGGACCAUGCGUCUCUGCUGAAGCAGUUUGAGCACCUGGAUCCACACAACCAGAACACGUUUGAGUCCAAAGACCUCGAGCUGCUCAUCUCAACGGCCACCAAGGACCUGGAGAACUACGACGCGGAGAGACACGAGGAGUUCAAACGCUACGAGAUGCUGAAGGAGCAUGAGAGACGCGAGUACCUGAAGGGUCUGGACCAGGAGAAGAGGGAGAAGGAGGAGAGGAGGAUGGAGGAGUUGAAGGAGAAACACCGCCAGCACCCCAGGAUCAACGCUCCGGGCAGUGUAGCUCAGCUGCGUGAGGUGUGGCAGGAAACUGAUGGUCUGGACCCUCAAGAGUUCAACCCAAAGACCUUCUUCAAACUCCACGAUACGAACGGAGAUGGAGUUUUAGACGAGCAGGAACUGGAGGCCCUGUUCACCAAGGAGCUGGAGAAGAUGUACGACCCCAAAAACGAGGAGGACGACAUGGUGGAGAUGGGCGAGGAGAGGCUCCGCAUGCGGGAGCACGUCAUGAAGAACGUUGACGUCAAUCAAGAUCGCCUCGUCAGCAUGGACGAGUUCCUCAGAUCAACGGAGAAGAAAGAGUUGAACAGUGUUAAGGAGUGGGAGACUCUGGACGACACCAAGCCCGUGUACACGGAGGCGGAGCUCCAGAGGUUUGAGGCGGAGCUACGGGACAAGGAGGAGGAGCUUGGGCGGCGGGCUGCUGCGCUGCACCAGGAGCAGGACCUGCUGAAGGAGAGAGGCAAGGCCCUGGAGGCCCAGCGCAGGGAGUACCAGCAGGCCGUGUUAGAGAUGUCUCAGAGACAGAAGGACCCCCAGGCGCCAGAGCUACCGCCCCCUACUGGCCCCAAUGGAGAACUGCAGUUCCACCAAGACAUGCAGAAACUGGAGGACCAAGGUGCCAAAGCUCCUGUAGUGGAACAAGAAGUAGAAAGCCAGAAGAACCUGCCUGCAGAACCUCCACAGAACCUGCCCCUGCACACCUAAUACCACACACACACACACACACAAACACACACAAACACACACAAGCACACAAACACACAGCCUCUGAAACAAACGUUUUUUUGGCGCACAAACGUAUCAGCCAGGAACAUGACUCUCUGUGUGUGUUAAACGCUGUGAUACUGUACAUGUUUCAUGUGAAUAAAGAACUCCAGUCA